AUGUCUGGACGUGAGGUCCGUGAGUAUACCAAUCUCAGCGAUCCUAAAGAUAGGAAGUCAGGGAAGGGGAAGGACAAGAUCGAUGAUGAGGACGUCACCUUUCAGCGCAUGGUUGCAAAGAUGCAGGAUGUUGCCGGUGAGAGGGGAGGCUACCUUCAUGGACGAGGAGCAUUGGACAGUGAUGAUUUGCUUUACCUCAAAGAGCAAAUGGAGGCCGAGGAAGAUGCAGAGCGUCUUCUUCGCCGUACAGAGAAGCGGGCAUUUGCUGCUUUUAAGAAAGCAGCGACUUUAGCUGAUUCUGCACCUGCUCUACCCGCCGCUCUUUGUGUCGACGCCAGGCCAAAAAGCGACAUAAGGCAACGGGAUCUCUUGAAGAACAUUGUUGGGAUCAAACCGAAGCGACCCAAGGUUUGCAGCUCUCCGCAAGCGGCAGAGAACGACGGACCUAAGCUGAACCAGGAAGUUUCUGUCAGCAAAAGCCAGCUGAAGCAACGGAGUCUAGGCCACAAAAUGUGA